AUGUAAAAAAUAGCUCUCUUAGCUUUGGUUCUUGCUGUGACUGCUGCAAAGUUCAUAGAUACCCAUACCACAUUAGCUUAAAUCAACGCUGACCCAUUCGGACACGUUGUCUUGAGUGCCAUCAAGGCUCACCUCUAAGCCUCUACACCUGCCAAUGAAGUUAAUAUGUUAUUGAAUGGUGUUGGUGCUGGACUCGUUUAAGACUAAAAUGACCACGACCACGCAUUUGAACUUGACACCACAACCAACAACAGAAUCGUUGAAGAUUUGGAGAAGGAAAUCUUGUAUCACUAAAACUAAAUCUCCUCAAAUACUCAAUUGAGAGAUGACACUAUCGAAGCACUUGCCGUCUCUGAAGAAGAUAUCAGAGUCACAAUCUCAGAUAUUGCUAACAACGAAGCUACCUAUGCUAGAGAGGAAGCCACCAGAAAUCAAUAACACGAAACCUUCGUUGCCAAGGUUGCUGCCAUUGAUGAUGUUAUUGACGCUAUUUCGAUGAAGCUUGCUAAACUCAUCUAACACCUCAGUCUCGGAGCAUCAUUUGCCUAACUCAAGUCCAAAUAUGAUGUCCUCCACAAGAAGCUCUCAGAUAACACUUCCCACACUGCCUUGUUACAACCAGUUAUCACUGCUCUUACCGAAUUAGCCACCCACGGAGUCAACCAAAAAGCUUUGACCAAGAUUGCUUAAUUAUUGAGCGAAAUCAGAUAAUAAUUAGUCUCAGAGAAGGCUGCCAAGACAGACGUCGAGGAUAGAUAAGCUGCUCAUUGGGCUGAAUUCAGCGUUCACUUGAGUAACGAACACACCAGAUUGGUUGAAAGAAAAGCUUAAUUGGAAGUCUAAAUCUAAGAAUAAAAGGACACCAUUGAAGAUGCUUAAUCAUGGAUCGAAUUCCACACUCUUGAAUUAGAAAACAGCGAAGAAAGACUUGCUGGAUAAUAAGCUUGGUAUGCAGUCUAAUCAGAAAUCUAUGAAACCUAAACUGCUGAAAGAACUGCCUAAUAAGAAAUUGUUGACAGACUCUAAGAGCACAUUAGUGAGAAGUUAUCCACCACUGCUCAAUUCAUCGCCAGCAGAAAUUGAUUUGAUUAUCAUAACAUAAAUAAAUAUUGGAUAACCUACAAUGUUAAUUA